CUCAGCUCUGACAUGUCCCUCAGAAGGGAAGGGGAACCGGCAAAGAGGGGAGGAGUUGAUCUUUCGAAAAAAGGGGCCUUGUUGGUGUCUUCCAGUAUCCUGGUCCCAGGCUGGCAUGAAGUGGUGCACAGUGUUUGUGAAUUAAUGUCUAUCCUGGGGCAGAGUCCAGGGCAGCUCAAGGCUCCUCCACACACGCCUGCUGAACCCUGAGUGCCCUGAGCUGCCAGCAUGGGGCGGACAGAGGCCGCCGCCAUGAUCCCUGGCCUGGCCCUGCUCUGGGCAGCGGGGCUGGGGGGUGCCGCCCCCAGCCCCCCACGUCUUCGGCUCUCCUUUCAAGAACUCCAGUCCUGGCAUGGUCUCCGGACCUUCAGGCUGGAGCGGACCUGCUGCUAUGAAGCCUUGCUGGUAGAUGAGGAGCGAGGACGCCUGUUUGUGGGUGCCGAAAACCAUGUGGCCUCCCUCAGCCUGGACAACAUCAGCAAGAGGGCCAAGAAGCUGGCCUGGCCGGCCCCUGUGGAAUGGCGAGAGGAGUGCAACUGGGCAGGAAAGGACAUUGGUACUGAGUGCAUGAACUUCGUGAAGUUGCUGCACGUCUAUAACCAUACCCACUUGCUGGCAUGUGGCACAGGGGCCUUCCACCCAACCUGUGCAUUUGUGGAGGUGGGCCACCAGCAGGAGGAACCUGUGCUCCGGCUGGACUUGAGAAGGCUUGAGGAUGGCAAGGGGAAGAGUCCAUAUGACCCCAAGCAUCGAGCUGCCUCCGUGCUGGUGGGGGAGGAGUUGUAUUCAGGGGUGGCAGCAGAUCUCAUGGGCCGGGACUUUACCAUCUUUCGCAGCCUGGGCCAGCGUCCGAGUCUCCGAACAGAGCCACAUGAUUCCCGCUGGCUCAACGAACCCAAGUUUAUCAAGGUCUUCUGGAUCCCGGAGAGUGAGAACCCUGACGAUGACAAAAUCUACUUCUUCUUCCGGGAGUCGGCCGUGGAGGCAGCACCUGCAGUGGGACGCCUGACUGUGUCUCGAGUUGGUCAGAUCUGCAGGAAUGAUGUGGGUGGCCAGCGCAGCUUGGUCAACAAGUGGACAACGUUCCUGAAGGCGCGGCUGGUGUGCUCAGUGCCUGGGGUUGAGGGCGACACCCACUUCGACCAGCUUCAGGACGUGUUCUUGCUGUCUUCACGGGACCGCAGGACUCCACUGCUCUAUGCUGUCUUCUCCAGUUCCAGUGGCAUCUUCCAGGGCUCUGCCGUGUGUGUGUAUAGCAUGAACGAUGUUCGCAGGGCCUUCCUGGGACCUUUUGCACACAAGGAGGGGCCCACACACCAGUGGGUGUCCUAUCAGGGUCGUGUCCCUUACCCACGGCCUGGCAUGUGCCCCAGCAAGACCUUUGGCACCUUCAGCUCUACCAAGGACUUCCCUGAUGAUGUCAUCCAGUUUGCUAGGAACCACCCUCUCAUGUACAACUCGGUGCUGCCCAUGGGGGGGCGCCCUCUCUUCCUACAAGUGGGUGCUGGGUAUACCUUCACCCAAAUCGCUGCAGAUCGUGUAGCAGCUGCUGAUGGACACUAUGACGUCCUCUUCAUUGGCACAGAUGUGGGCACAGUGCUGAAGGUGAUCUCAGUUCCCAAGGGUAGCCAGCCUAGCUCUGAGGGGCUGCUCCUGGAGGAACUGCAUGUAUUUGAGGAUUCUGUUGCUGUCACCAGCAUGCAAAUCUCCUCCAAGAGGCACCAGCUGUACAUAGCUUCGCGGAGCGCAGUGGCCCAGAUCUCCUUGCACCGCUGCGCUGCCCUCGGCCGCGCCUGUGCUGAAUGCUGUUUGGCGCGUGAUCCUUACUGCGCAUGGGACGGGGCCACCUGCACACGCUUCCAGCCUAGUGCCAAGAGACGGUUCCGGCGGCAAGACAUAAGGAAUGGCGACCCCAGCAUGUUAUGCUCGGGGGAUUCGUCCCGUCCAGCGCUGUUGGAGCGGAAGGUCUUCGGCGUUGAGGGUGGCAGCGCCUUUCUAGAGUGUGAGCCUCGCUCGCUGCAGGCUCACCUGGAGUGGACCUUCCAGCGUGCAGGGGAGGCAUCCCAUACCCAGGUGCUAUUGGAGGAGCGCGCAGAGCGCACCGCGCGGGGGCUGCUGCUGCGCAGCGUGCGGCGCCAGGACUCAGGCGUGUACCUAUGUGUAGCAGUGGAGCAGGGUUUUUCACAGCCACUGCGUCGCCUGAUGCUGCAUGUGCUGAGUGCUGCGCAGGCUGAAAGGCUGGCGCGGGUAGAAGAGGCUUCGCCUCUUGCGCCGCUGGGUCCUAAACUCUGGUACCGGGACUUUCUACAGCUGGUGGAGCCAGGUGGCGGUGGAGGCGCGAACUCCCUGCGCAUGUGCCGCCCGCAGCCAGUGCMGCGCCCGCCCGCCCUGGAGUCACGCAGGAAGGGCCGCAACAGGCGGACUCAUGCCUCAGAGCCUCGUGCUGAGAGGGGCCCGCGUAGCGCAUCACACUGGUGACUGGGCCGUCCCCACGCCAGGGACCAGGCAGGAGAUGACAGCGGGAAGAGGGGCAGACAGACCCCAGGAAGACAGAUGGGUUGGGACCGGGAGCACAGAGGUCCCCGGGCCGAUGGAGACAGCAACCGACAGGCCCUGGUAGAAGGGCAGCCGCUCCGGCUUAUUUAUUAACAGGAUAACCCUUGAAUGUAGCCCCGGAAGGGCGGCCCAGGCCUGGUGCAGGAUCUAGCCCAGAGGGAAGGUACCGAGAAGCAGGGCUCCAGAUCAAGGAGCAGAAUCAGGGAGGUGUUCUGGAUGCUCACCUUGGCAGAGGGAUUCCCCUCCCUUGGGCAGUGAGCAGAAAGCUGUGAAUAGGCUGGGCUGUUGGGAGCGGGGCGAGGCAGGACGACUGUACUAAAGUAAUGCAAUAAACACAUUAUCAACCAAAGCUGGAAUAGCCCCAGAGAUGACCACUAGUCGUAGAUCUUACUCUGUUAUUGGGCAUCUUUCUCGCAGCAUAAAGGUCUGAGUUUCUUCUGUCCAAGAUUGUCCAGGUGAAGAUUAAUAAUGUUGUUAAAGUGACUGAGCAAGUUCUGUGGGGCCUUUGGGGACACACAUACAUGGUACAUUCUGCAUAAUAUAAUCUGUGAGCUAAAUGCUCUGAAGAAAAAACAACUGGUGCCGGGUCAG